AUGACGAUGGGAUCUGAGAUUUUCUCGAAGCCAGAUAUCAAAAGAGAUGAUGGAGAAGACAGAGAUGAUGGAGAAGAUAGGGAUGAUGGAGAAGAUAGAGAUGAUGGAGAAGAUAGGGAUGAUGGAGAAGAUAGCGAUAAUGGAGAAGAGAGGGAUGAUGGAGGGAGGACAGGGAUCAUGACGAAGACAGCGAUGAUGGAGGAGUUAAAGUUGAUGGAGAAGAUAAGAGAUGAUGGAAAAGCUUCGUCGACCCUCGACGAUCCCAGCUUCUCCCAAACAAUGAGGAAAGCGACAAACAGGUCGCAGCAGCGACAAACAUCAGUACGUUUGGAACUGCCACACUUAGCCGAAAGCGUAGCAUCCAAAGGAGGCCUUCCCUUUUUCCUCGGCUCGGGUGGUGGAUCCCUCCCCUCCAUCCUCCUCUCCUGCCUCCUUCCUUCUCCCCCUCCCCCUCCUCCUACUACUCCUACAUGUACUUCUCCUCCUACUCCUACUACUGCUUCUCAUCCUCCUCCUACUUCUCCUCCUUUAAUACAGAACCUCCUCCUCCACCUUUUCUCAUCAUCCUCCCCCUCCCCCUUCUAUUCCUCCACCUACUCCUAUUUCUACUUAUCCUCCUCAUUCUACUCUUCCACCUCUUCCUCCUUUUCUAUACCAUCCUCCUCCUCCCCUUUCCCCUAUUCGUCCAUCUCCUGCUAUUUCUACUUCUCCGCGUCAUUCUACUCCUCCACCUCCUCCUAUUUCUACUUCUUCUCCUCCUCCUCCUCCUCCUCCUCCUCCUAUUUCUACUUCUCAUUCUACUCCUCCACCUCCUCCUCAUUCUAUUUUUACUUAUCCUCCUUAUUCUACUGCCCUACCUCCUCCUCCUCCUCCCCCUCCUCCUUCUCCUAUUUCUACUUCUCCUCAUUCUACUCCUCCACUUCCUCCUCCUAUUUCUACUUCUCCUCAUUUUACUCCUCCUCCUCCUAUAUCUAUUUCUUACCCUCAUUCUAUUCCACCAUCUCCUCCUCCUAA